CUCGAACUCACAGAGAUCCACCUGCCUCUACCUCCCGAGUGCUGGGAUUAAAGGCGUGCUCCGUCACAGCCCUGCUAUGGACUCUACCACCGGUAGAGAGUAGAUGGAGCUGCGCAGGUCCCGGGAAGCUGGAAGCCAUGCGUCUUCCGGGAGGUCCGGGACGGCGGAGAGUCCGCGGAGACCAGGACGCUCCACGGGCUUUCCCACGGCACGGCACGGUCUAUCGCCUUGAGGGCUUGAGCUCCGGGAACUGGGGAGUUUAUAGGCAGUUGUAGACGGGGAGGGAUCACUCUUUCUCACCUGCUGUGUGAAUUCUGCUUCUCAAAUGUAAGUGAAGGACCUACCACUGCCCAGCCCUGCCUGUGAGACACCUCUCUGAAGGGACACCAGUUGAAGCAGAAACCUAACCAUGCAUCGUGGAGAAUUACUCUUGGUAUUCUUUGUUCUCAUUGUUACAAGUGCCUCAAAAGUUUGCAUUAGCCGCCCCCAACUUCAUGCAAUGGAGGGAGAACCUUUUUAUUUGAAGUUCUGUGGAACACCUUCACCCGUGUACAAGAAUGAAACAGCCACUAUAAGAUGGUUCAAACGCGAUGCUUUCCAUCAACGUGUGGAGCUGAACACUGAAAGUUCAUCCAGAAUUACUUUCAAUGGUUAUGAUUUGGAAUUCUGGCCAGUUGAGCUGGAGGACAAGGGAACAUACAGUUCCCAAGUGAGAAAUGAUAAUCAAAGUUGGACCCUAACUGUCAUCCAAAGAAAUGAACACAGCUGUUUUUCUGAAAAACUUGUGACAAAUAGAAAAGUGGAAGUCAAGAAAGCUUUGCAAGUAACAUGUGAAAAUCCUAACUACAGUGAGCUGAUCAACCACACAUCACUAUAUAAGAACUGCAAGGAAGUCAUCAAUCCCCCAAUGAUCCAGAAGGAUGCUGAAUUUGGAGAUGCGGGUUAUUACUCUUGUGUGUUUUCUGUCCUCCAUAAUGGGAAACAGUACAACAUCACCAAGACCAUCAAUAUAACAGUUAUUCAAGGGAACAGUAAAAUAACUCCGGCUAUUUUGGGACGAAAGUUUGAGACUGUGGAAGUAGAACUAGGAAAAGAUGUGGCACUUAACUGCACUGCUUUACUGAAUGAAAAUGAUAUGUUUUAUUGGAACAUCCUGAGCAACAAUUCAGACCCUAAUGUGCAUGAAGAUGUGAACAAGACAGCUUGGACUUUUGAAGGCAAACUGCAUGCUUAUAAAAUAUUGAGAAUUGGGAAUAUUACUGAAAAAAAUCUCAGUGUUUUAUAUAAUUGCACAGUGGCUAAUGAAGAAGCCACGGACACCAAAAGCUUCAGGUUGGUGAGGAAAGAAAUGGUUGAUAUCCCUGGCCAUGUCUUCAGGAGAGGAAUAUUCAUGGCAGUUUUCAUCUCUGUGGCAGUCGUCUGUGGGGUGAUUUUGUGUGUCAUUUAUAAAGUCGACUUGGUUCUAUUCUAUAGACGCUUGGUGGAAAGAGACGAGACAUUAACAGAUGGCAAAACAUACGAUGCUUUUGUGUCUUACCUGAAAGAGUGCCAUCCCGAGAAUGGAGAAGAAUACACUUUUGCUGUGGAGACGUUACCCAGGGUCCUCGAGAAACAAUUUGGGUAUAAGUUAUGCAUAUUUGAGAGAGAUGUGGUGCCUGGUGGAGCUGUUGUUGAUGAGAUCCAUUCACUGAUAGAGAAAAGCCGGAGGCUCAUCAUCAUCCUCAGCCAAAGCUACCUGACUAACGAGACCAGGCUGGAACUUGAGAGUGGACUCCACGAAGCGCUGGUGGAGAGGAAGAUUAAAAUCAUCUUAAUCGAAUUUACUCCAACCAAGAGCUGCACUUUCCUGCCCCCAUCACUGAAGCUCCUAAAGCCUUACAGAGUUCUGAAAUGGAAAGCUGACAAGUCCCGUUCUUACAACUCGAGGUUCUGGAAGAAUCUUCUUUACUUGAUGCCGGCCAAGGCCAUCAAGCCAUGGAGAGAAGAAUCUGAAGCAUUGCCAGUUCUUUCGGAACCUUGAUCUUCAGCAAAGCUGAGUGUCAAAAGGAACUGAGGCACCGCUUGAGGCCGAGCAUGUGCCCUUUCACAACAGGGGCUGUUGUGCGAAAUACUGAAUUCCAUGAUCAUCCCUCCCAUUUGCAGUUAGAAGAUAAGAUUUGUCAUUGGGUCAUAAUAGAUGAAACAAAACCUAAACUCCCAGAAGACCUUGGGAUUCGCAUGAAAUCAUUCUAUUAUUCUUCCUUCCCCUAGAGCAGUGGUUCUCAACCUGUGGGUCCAGAACCCUUUAGCAAACCUCUGUCUUCAAAAAUAUUUACAUUAAUGAUUCAUAGCAGUGGCAAAUUUUCAGUUAUGAAGUAGCAAUGAAAAUAAUUUUAUGGUUCGAGGUCGCCACAGAUGAGGAACUAUAUUAAAAGGU